GUCUGUCUGGCUACUUGAUAGCCACAGCGAUCUGCUGCCCUUUUGCCGGGGCCUUGCUACCGUCCUCCUGCUGCUGCUGCUGCUGCUGCAGCCUUUUGCUGCUCUUGAAUGGGUGUUCCUUGAGGUAGGUCUUGACGUCCUGAGUGUCCGCCGUGGGGCACAUGCCGUUGUCGGCCUUCUCGGCGAAACUGAUGGCUUGGCUGAAGUCGACCUUGGACACAUCCUGGAAGUCGGGCGGCGCCAAACCACCCAGAGACCUGAUCAUCGACGCAAGGAUGCAGCGUACAGGCAGACAGUGUGGGCUGAGCAUGCGUUGGUGCCUGCCUGGUACCCACCAGAUGCCGGCAGGGUAAGUGGCUUGAAUGUCAGGUGUGAUGCCCCUGCCGUUGAGGUCCUCGCCAGACGGCCGGAUGUACCGAGCUAUCGUCAUGACCAGCCCGCUGCCGUCCUGUAGACCGUACACCGCCUACACCACCGAGCGAACAAGGGACCAGUGAGUGCAGUGGAUGGACGGCAGUUCAACAAAGCAUGAGCAUCGAAUCGAAUGAAGGUGUGUUUACCUACCUGCACAAGCCCUUUUCCGUAGGUCUUGCGACCCAUUGUGACCGCCCUGACGCACACAUCACAUGACACACACGGCGGCAAUGACGUACACAAUGCAUUCCUAUACGGUGUCUCUGGAUCGACGCAUGGGCGCACCCACGAACCUCACCUGCAGUUGUCCCUGAGUGCGCCCGUGAGCACUUCCGAUGCACUAGCGGUGAGCUCGUCCGUCCACAAGACCAGAGGGUCGCGGGUUAUGACCUUGCCACGCUCACUCCUGCAUGACAUGAAAGCAUUCAGACAGACAGACAGACAGACACACACUGGGCGUUCAGGAACAGAUGGGCUUGUGCGUGGGAUAGUGUGGCUAGUCUGCCUGUCUGUGUGUGUUACUUGAAUUCGAGGACCUCUCCCUCCCCAUCGGCGAGCCAGCAGAUGGUCUUGUCGGCCAUGAAGAGGCUGCUCAUGCUCACCGCACUCUGGAAGUUGCCGCCCUGGCAGUGACCGACGUACGAACGAGCGGCCAUCAACACACACAACACACAGAACACACAGACACUCAUUCAUUCAGACAGACAGGCCGCAUGUGCGGUCGGUGUACCGUACCUACCUGGUUGCUCCUUAGGUCGAGUACAUAGGCGUCGGCGCCCUCUUUCUCCAUCUGGACGAGCGCCUCCUUCAUGCGCUCCUUGGCCACUGCGUCAAACUGCUGAAGCUUCAGAUACCCAAUCUGUGUGACACACAGGAGGGAGCAGCAUGUCGAAGAGCAUCCACAGGGGGGAUCCGGUAGAUAGGGACCUUUUUGUCUUGUUUGGUGUCUGGGUCCUUGACGGUGCGCAAAGCGGCGAUCACCGGAUUGCUCAGAUCGUUACGCACCCGGGGCAGCUCCUGCACACACAAACACACACAUGAAUCUCUACGCUUCGUUUGUGUGUCGUGUUGCACCACACGCAUCGUACCAGCACUAUUGGUGGCUGUUGGGGGUCUCCCUGUGCCGGCUGCACUUUGAGGACCAGCUUGUCGCCCUCCGCGUCGUCCAGGAUCUUCAAGAUGUCAAACGGUGACCGACCCUUCAGCGGCACAUCUGACACACAGACAGACAUGGAGUUCGUCCAUGUCGGUGUGUGCGAAUGUGUGUGUCUUCUGUUUGUGUGUACCGUUGAUGGCAAUGACGACGUCGUUUUUCUGUAUGCCGGCCUUCUCUGCGGCCGAGUUGGGGACGGGGGCCGAGUAGAAGAUCACAUCGCCGUUCUUGCCCUCAGCUACACACACACACACACACACACAGAGAGAGAGAGAGAGAUCAUCAUCCCAUCUGCUUUCCCUCGCCCCCUUGUGUGUGCUGUCUGUCCCCUCCCUCCCUCCCCGCCCUCACUUUUGGUGAGCGGCGCCCCGACGCCAAGUAUGUCGAAUUUCUGUAUCUCGAGGUACUUUUUUUGGUCGAUCCAGCGCGUGUAUGGGUCGUCGAGCUCCUUGACCAUGUCAUUGACGAGCUGCCCCCGGUCCUUCCACGCAACCCGGUACUUGCUGCUGAUGCCCCGGUACCUGUCCUUGACACCCUGCCAGUCCAGCCCGUUGUACGUCCGGUCCAGGUAGUACUUGCGCAGCAGCUCCCACGCCUCGUCUAUCACGUCGCUCUGCGGCUCAGUGGCGGCUGGGGGGGCAGAGGAGAUCAGGAAGGAGGGGGCGGAGGUGGAGGUGGAGGGGAGGGACAAUGAGGGCUGGUCGACUGAUGCGAUGGAUGGGAACGUUGGGAAGAGGGAAAACGCCAGCAGCAGCAGGGCGCUCAUGGCGGCCCGCCUGAGGGACUCCAGCCGCCCCUCCCACCCCUCGGCAGGACCCUUUGACUCAUCGCUUUCACCGUCGCGCAAGCUGCGAAGCGUGAAGGAUGCCGUCCGCCUUGGUUGGGUGCAGGCCAAUGCAGCGGCUGGUCUCGGUAAGCGCUCCCGUAUGCGAUGCAGAGGGGCGGCUGGGUGAGGGGCAAAUGCAGCCGCACCGGCGGACAGGGCUGUUGGCACCGAUAGCAAUGAAUGCACCACGACCAGCACAGCCGCGCGAGUGAAGGAUCUCCUUCGACCUGGCCGUCGAGAGCCGCCUUGAUCAUUGCGCAUCACCGUUGGAUAAGGAUGCCCCUGCAACAUCGUCUGUGAGAGGCCAGCAGCCUUCUGAGCAGCCAGAUUGAAGACGAGAGUACAGAUCUGGAACA